AUGAACGGCUACUUUGGCCAGACCGCCUCUUUCCUGACCUCUGCGGCGGGCUACAUGCGCCUGCCGGCUCUGGCAUCAACGGGCAUUGUGGCCAUCCUCACAUCUCUCCUCUACUUUAAACAAAAGGCGCUCAUUUAUCCCUCUCAUAUGCCGCCAAACUCGCGAACCGACAUCCCACGGCCUACGCAGUUCGGAAUCAAGGACUUUGAAGAGCUGGUCAUCCCCACCGACGAUGGCGAGAAGCUCUCGGCUUACUACAUUCGCGGCCCCCGUGGCGGCAAGAACUCGGACAUCACAAUCCUCAUGUUCCACGGCAAUGCAGGCAAUAUCGGUCACCGCCUCCCCAUUGCGCGCGUCUUCAUCAACAUGAUUGGCUGCAACGUCUUCAUGCUCGAGUAUCGAGGAUACGGCGCCUCCACGGGCGAGGCGGACGAGGCGGGCUUGGGAAUCGACGCCCAGACCGGGCUCAACUACCUGCGCGAGCGAGCAGAGACGAGGAAUCACCGAUUUGUUGUUUACGGCCAGAGCCUCGGUGGAGCCGUCAGCAUCAAGUUAGUGGCCAAGAACCAGGACCGGGGCGAUAUUGCGGGUCUGAUUUUGGAAAAUACUUUUCUCUCCAUGCGCAAACUUAUUCCCUCGGUUCUUCCACCUGCCAAAUACUUUACGCUGCUGUGCCACCAGGUAUGGCGCAGCGAAUCCCUCUUGCCGUCCAUCGACAAGAUUCCCAUCUUGUUCCUAAGCGGACUGCAAGAUGAGAUUGUCCCUCCUAGUCAUAUGACCCAACUGUACAAUGUCUCCACCUCCUUCAGCAAGACGUGGAAGGCCUUCCCUGGCGGCGAUCAUAACUCGAGUGUGCUGGAGGAGGGUUACUUCGAAGCCAUCUCGGAGUUUAUAGCUGACUCCAUAAGCGACGCACCCAUCACGGACAGCAAAGGCCAGUGA